AUGUUGCCCAGCGUUGUGUUAGCGUUAGGCCUGCUACUUCUGGUUUCUCCUGGAAAGGCGCAAACUGAAACAGAUGCACCAACGACGUUAACAACCAAAGCCCCAAGCACCACCACGCUACCAUCAAGCACUGUAGUCUGGGUGACGGAACCGUUAAACGAGGGACAGGCUAUCCAGAAGGCUCUGCAGUACCUCCUCCAACAUCGCCAACCUGAUUGGGGUUGGGCCAACGACACCCACCAUGUCAUGCUCACUUUACAGUUGGCAAAUAACACUGGAAAGGAAAUAGAACAACAAGGCAUGGAGAUGCAGCUGUCGGCUAAGCAGAUGGAAAUUGAGAUCUUACUUAUGAUGUCCAAGCACCAUGAAUCCCCACCCCCAUUGGGACGCCUGGCUGCCUACACUUUAGCUCUGGGCGCGCUUUGCAAAGACCCUCGGUCGUUCCACGGCAGGGACCUGGUAUCAGCGCUCCUUCAUCGUGAACCACCCCAUGACCUGGAGUUCGCGUAUGCCACCCUUGCUGCCUGCUCUUCCGCAGCUCAUGUCCGCCGGCGCCAUAUUCGUCGAUUACUGGAUAUUGCAAAUGCCGCUGCUGAUCACAGUUUAGACACAAUAUCUAUGGUAAUACUGGCGCUUCGCUGCGUGGUUCAAGACCAUAGACACCGUAGUCUAUUGCACUUCGUCCGUCGCCCCAUGGCCGGUCUUGCUCGUCAGCAACAUCCCGACGGCAGCUUUGGAUCACUCACCACUACAGCUCUUGCUAUUCAAGCUCUCGAAGACUCAGACAGCGGUCCAGGCGCUCACCAGCAUUGGAGUCUACCGGCAGCCCGUAAGUGGCUCCUGGAGCGUCAGGAAGCAGACGGAGGCUGGGGAGAUGUGGAGAAGACCGCUGCAGCUGUUGCAGCAUUGACACCAGCAUCUUUAGCUGCUGUACGGCCACCGCACUGCAGUGAUAAGCUAUUGGACAGCCGUCAUGAACCUUUUGAGAACGGAGGAGAUGGAAACUUGAAGGUGGCUUAUCAGUCAGGCCACGCCGGCAACGAAUCUGACGCUCGCAACGUCUCUUUUACAUACACGCUGUGGUUAGGCACAAAUGUCACUGAAAAUUACACCCUGUACAUGGUUGCUCCAAGGAACGUAUCGUUCUACCACGUGAUGCAAAUGGCGUCUGAGCAAGACCCGAAAUUCAAGUUCGAGGCCAGCGAAUGGCCAAAUGGUCACUACGUCCACACCUUGGCUGGUCACAAGGAGGAGCCCAUGGGAUAUCACUACUGGCUCCUCUACCGUCUCCCAGAAGUGCCUGACCCCGCCAGCCCACCUGGAAACCAGCUCGUCGCCCCCGUUGGCGUUGACGAUUUGCUGGUUGAAGACGGCGAGCACUAUUUAUUCUGGUAUAAGAAAUUGUAA